CUUGGAAAAAUCAACUUCCGGAAAAGCCGGGUCUGUCAAGAUGGCCUCCACUGGAGUUUUACCGUUUGUGAGGGGCAUAGAUCUCACAAACAAUGACUUUUCGAAAAAUUUUCCUCAUCAUGUCAAGGAUAUGACUGGUUUGCGUUGGUUGAGACUGAGUCACACGCAACUGAAGGAAGUGCCAGCGGAAAUUAGUGCUUUGAAUAAAUUGGAGGAUAUUCAUAUGGUGCGCAACAAUGUAGAAUCUCUUGGUUCAGGGUUGCCUGUUCUCCCAGCACUACACAGCAUCAACUUCAGGUACAAUAAACUAACGGACGAAGGCGUCCCCAACCAAAUUUUCACUGGCAAUGAUUUAUCUAUUGUGGAUCUGAGUCACAACAAGCUGACAGAAGUUCCCCCAGAGCUUGAGAAUGCAAAGUCUGUGCUGGUCCUCAACCUCAGCCACAAUCAAAUUGAAAUGAUCCCUAAUCAGCUGUUCAUAAAUUUGACUGAUCUUGUGUUCGUUGACCUCAGCAGUAACAAUCUGGAAACCCUUCCCCCUCAAAUGAGACGACUGACAAGUCUGCAGACUUUGAUACUGGAUAAUAAUCCGCUGAUACAUGCACAGUUGAGACAACUGCCUGUGCUGACAGCUCUCCAGACCCUGAGGAUGAGAAACACUCAAAGAACACUGAGUAAUUUCCCCACUGGACUUGAUACCCUCACAAACCUGCAAGAUGUUGAUCUUUCGUAUAACAACCUGACCCGUGUUCCAGAAGCUCUGUAUAAACUAAGUUCCUUAAAACGACUCAAUUUGAGUGAUAAUGAAAUAUCAGAACUCUCACUGAUGAUUGAUGUAUGGACAAAACUCGAAACUUUGAAUCUCUCUAGAAACAAGCUAACAGCCCUUCCAACAUCCUUACACAAACUUGUGUCACUGAAAAAGCUUUACUUAAAUGGGAAUCAGUUGGACUUUGAGGGCAUACCACCCAACAUCGGCAAGCUGCAUGAACUGGAAGUGUUUAGCGCUUCCAAGAACAGUCUGGAGAUGAUCCCUGAAGGACUGGGAAGAUGUGGCAAACUGAAGAAGCUGAUACUGAACGACAACAAACUGAUCACUCUUCCCGACAUCCUUCAUUUACUGCCGGAGCUGUCGACACUGGAUGUGCGCAACAAUCCCGAUCUAGUGAUGCCUCCCAAGCCACAGGAAGCCAAGAGUGCCUUAGAGUACUACAACGUUGACUUCUCCCUCAACACCCAGCUCCGAUUGGCUGGUGCGCAACCCGUGCCCAACACUGGACAGACACCGUCUCCAAAAAGUGACCCUGUGGCCAGGAAGUUGAGACUACGGCGGCGCAGAGAUGGGCAGGAGAGUGAGAAAGUUUUGAAAGGAAUGAGAGAUGUAGCCAAAGACAAAGCUGAAGGGAAAGACGGGUCAUUGGAUGACGAUGGGAGAGAGCCUCUUAAGCCAAAGAGAUGGGAUGAGAACCUGCAGCGCCCCCAGUUGGACUACAGUGAAAUCUUUUAUGAGGACAUUGGUCAAAUCCCAGGACUGACAUGCUGGGAGAUUGAGAACUUUUUGCCCAAUCAAGUGGAAGAAGGUCUGAUUGGCAAGUUCUACGAAGGCGACUGCUAUAUCAUCCUGCAGACCUUCAUAGAUGAGUCCAACAGCCUGAGCUGGAAGAUCUGGUACUGGAUAGGGGAGAGUGCCACACUUGACAAGAAAGCCUGCUCGGCUAUUCACGCUGUGAACCUUCGCAACCUGUUAGGUGCUGACUGCAGGACCAUCCGCCAAGAGAUGAAUGAUGAAGACGAUGAGUUUCUGGCCUUGUUUGAAACAGGCGUCUCGUAUAUCGAGGGUGGCCGCACCUCAAGCGGGUUUUACACAGUUGAAGAUGUGGAGCCUGAACAGCGCUUAUACAGAGCCACAGGGACCCUCUCGGUUCACAUGGAGCGGUGUCCUGUUCUGGUAGAUCUGUUGGAUUUGCGGCACGUGUUUCUGCUGGACGCUGGUCAGAAGCUGUUCAUCUGGAAUGGGAAAAAAUCAAAUCUAGUCACUCGCACCAAGACAAGGUUAAUUGCUGAAAAGAUCAACAAGAACGAGAGAAAGGGCUCUGCAGAAAUCUUCCAGUUUGCCCAGGGCAAAGAGACGGGAGAGUUCUGGAGAUUGAUAGGAGGACCACCGGUCAAUUUGGAAGUCACUAUAUCCGCUCAGUCAGACAUUCCCUUGGCCAAUCCUAGACUGUACCGCGUGGGUCUUGGCAAAGGGUACUUGGAACUUCCUCAAGUUCACAUCCCUAAGAACCGCUUGGUAAACUCUCUGCUGGACACCAAGUGUGUGUACAUCCUUGACUGCAUCACUGAUGUCUUUGUGUGGAUUGGCAAGAAGUCCACACGUCUGGUGCGGGCUGCUGCAUUGAAACUUUCCCAGGAACUCCAUGACAUGAUCUGCCGACCUGAGUAUGUGACCAUCUACCGGUGCUUGGAGGGCACAGAGCCUCAGAUCUUCAAAACAAAGUUUGUUGGUUGGGACGAUGUGCUUCCUGUUGACUACACGAGAUCUGCUGAGUCCAUACACAGACGAGGGGCUGACAUGAAGGUGAUAAUGGAGAAAGACAAACUUCAAACGGAUCUGUCUGCGUUGUUCAUGCCUCGACAGCCAGCCAUGGUGGAGGAGGAAGCUGAACAACUUUCGGCGGACUGGAACGAGGACUUGGAUGGCAUGGAGUCUUUUGUGCUGGAAGGAAAGAAAUUUGUCAGACUGCCAGAUGAUGAACUAGGUGUGUUCCAUUCGGAGGACUGCUACGUGUUCCUGUGUCGUUACUGGAUCCCUGUGGAGCUGGGUGAGGGUGAGGAGGAGCUGGAGGAGGAGGAUCUGCCUGAGGACGAGUUCAAGUGUGUCGUCUACUUCUGGCAGGGCCGCGACGCUUCCAACAUGGGCUGGCUCACUUUCACUUUCAGUCUUCAGAAGAAGUUCCAGUCUCUGUUUGGGGACAAACUGGAAGUUGUUCGUCAACAUCAGCAGCAGGAAAAUCUCAAGUUCCUCUCACACUUCAAACGCAAGUUUGUCAUCCGUAUGGGUAAACGUAUGGCCAGUGGGGCAGCUAGUGGGGGCACCCCGGAAAGGGUCAAGCCAUCUACUGAAUUCUUCCAACUGCGUGCCAAUGGGAGCCCCAUCGCCACCAGGUGUAUACAGUUACCGAAGCCAGAUGCCUCAUGGCUGAAUCCAUUUUUCUGCUUCAUCUUGAUGGUGCCGUUUGACAGUGACGACCUGAAGGGCAUCGUUUAUGUGUGGGUUGGCCGGAGAGCAGACCACAAGGAGGCUCAGAUCGCUGAGGAGAUCGCUUACAUGAUGUACAAAGAUGGCUACACUAUUCAGAUGAUCAACGAAGGCGAAGAACCCGAGAACUUCUUUUGGGUUGGCAUCGGUGGCCAGAAACCAUAUGAGCAGGAUUGUUCCUUCAUGCACUAUGCUCGGCUGUUCCGCUGCUCCAAUGAGAAAGGUUACUUCACAGUGUCUGAGAAAUGUGCCGACUUCUGUCAGGAUGACCUGGCGGAUGAUGACGUGAUGAUUCUAGACAACGGUGAACAAGUCUACCUGUGGGUGGGCAAAAAGACGAGCGACGUGGAGAUCAAACUCGCCUUUAAGAGUGCACAGGUGUAUAUCCAGCACAUGCGCAACAAGCAGACAGACAAGCCCCGUAAGCUCCUACUGGCCAUGAAGCACAAGGAACAUCGCAAGUUCAUCAAGUGCUUCCACGGUUGGGGAAAACACAAGGAGGUCAAGGACUUUAAGGCUCUGCUGCCCUCCAUCUAUUAGUGAACUCUGACACUGGAAGAGACAGAUGUUUUACUGUGUGCAAGACUAGUUGUGUGUGGGUGUGUGUGUUUGUGUGUGGGUGAGCUUGGCCAAAAAGAGAUUGAGGACUUCAGACUCUACUGGUCACUGUCUAGUUGUCGCUGGUCACAGUGGCUGUUGUUUGUACUAUCGCACACGCGCAUGUGUAUGUGUAGUUUGUAAGAGUAGUCAGAAGAAGGUGGGAGACUUGUAGGGUCUGUUGCUAGCCAUCUAUUGAGGCCAGUUGUUAUGUGUGCUGUGCGUAUGUGUGUGUGUUUUAUUGGUGUUUUGAACUCUUGUCUGCCUCUGUCUUUUUUGUUGUUGUGAUAACAGAGUUGGUAAGAAGAGACAGGGCCCAAGAGGAGAACAAUCACUAUGCUUUCAAAUGUAAGUUUUCCUUAUAGCUCUCAAAAAUUUUGUGUAAGGCAUGGCAUCCAUGCUGAUGUAUUAACAUCCCUGUUUGUGUGAAUGCAUAAGGAAAUCAAAUUUUGUUUUUGUACCGCAGUGGCAGUUUUUUCUUUUGAUCUCAUGUCUUUGAUCAAGUGUUUAUUUAAAGAAACGAAAUUACUGUUUUUCUGUAUGAUUUGUAGCUACUUUCAUAAGAAGAGAGAGAAAAAGAGGGUAAGGAGGAGAGAGAAUUUGUGGAUGGUCAUAUGCUCCUUCCAUCCCUGUUUCAGUGUCUCUGUAGUCCUUGUGCACAUCAAACUACUUGCUUAACAUCAAAGAGUCAAUAGUGCUGUCUUAAUAAGUCAGAGAUCUCCCCCCCCACCCAACUCUGAAUCCUUUUUUAAAAUUGCUAAAUGAAAUAUUUAUUCGUUAUUUUGUCGACCCGGCUUCCUUCCUGGACUUUGUUUACCGGCUGGAGUUUUCUAACUUUUUAGCCAAGCUGAUUCACGAGUGGCUGUUACUGUUCAUCUACGAAUGACAAAGUUUGCUCUCAGCUAAAUACUUCUUGGGAAUUUUAUCUGCUUGAAUGUUAGUUCAUUUGGACUUUGAUAUCAAGUCAGAUUUGUUAAUAUUCAUGAUUAAACACAGGUGUUUUUUAAACAUUUUCUUAGUUUUUCUAAAAUUUCAUCCAUAUGGUUUUGAAUUAUGGUGUGCAGAACUACCUAUUUGAAUAGUGUAAUUGUGAAUACAAGAAUCAAAAUGAUAAAGGCAAUAUUUCAUUGGACUUCUAGCCUUAUGAUGGGGUUGUGAUGGCUUGGAUUGUUGCUCGAUUAUAAGCUGAUCCAGAAAGCUUAUGUGGAAUUAUUUGAAGUCUUUUUUCUUGAAGGUCUUUGAGGUAAAAUGCUAACUACAAAGAUGGCUAAAUUAAGCCACUUGAAAAGCUGUCUAAACUCAUCUCCUCUACAAAUUAUGGAUGUCUGUAAAAGUCACAUACGGCAUCAGUGACUGUAAAUUUUAUAUGUCAGAAAUGCUAUGUGUGAAUAUGCUAGGUGGUUAUGACUUUGUUUGAUGAGAGUGCAAAGCAGACUUUUUGUGUUAGGAAAACUUUAAUGAAGCUUUUAUACUUUGUUUUUAGAUGAACCAAACUGUGAUAUUUCUUCUCCUAUUGUAUAGUUUCUUGUUGUAAUUAGACAUGAACCUGUCACAACAUUGUCAUGACACGCAUUUUAAAUACUCAUGUAUUGUAGCUAAUAACGGGAACAGACUUGGUGAUAGCUCUACCACAGGCCUGGCCAAUGCCAGUCUCUUACGAUCAGUUUGUGAUGAUAUCUUAAACAUUUGCCAGCAAAUGUGUGUUGGUAGGACAAAGGGUUGGUUGUUGUUUCGUUUUUCUCUUGACUAACUUGUUCAUUGAAGUGGUGCUGCUUUUAAGCUUUUUUCUUUGAAUGAUAUGAUAUGAGCCUUAUUGAUAACUUCAUGUACUUAGUCAAAAAGGAAAAAUUGUGCAAAUGUCUGGAGAAAAUGACUGGAAUAGUUUGAGAAAAUUGCACAAAUGUCUUGAGAAGGCUGAAGCAAGAUCGAGCAGGUAGAGGAAGAGAGAAACUAUGGAUGUGUCUAUAAUUUGUAUGAGUGUUCAGUUAUAGCAUGGGUGAAUGGUACAUCUAUACUUCAGUGCAGUGUUGUUUGAGCUGUACUGUAAAACAGUUUUGACUAUGUGUUUGUAUGCUCAUGUUUGUUCUGCUGUGCCAAAUUUGCAAUUCCCAGCAUUGCUGUGCUCCCCCCCCCCCCCCCCGACAAGUGUAAUUGCCCCCCCUCCCCCCUUCAAACUAUGUGCACUUGGAGUUUCUUUUGUCAGCUCUGAUUCAGUCAUAACUUUUGAUUAAAAUGCUUUUUGCCUCACCCAGACUUGAUGGAGUCGGGUUUGCCAAAAAUGUGUCGGACAGACUGAAGUAACAAAAUGUUCCUUCCUUCACCUGUGUACAUUGGCCACGCCUUUGCUGUGUUCUGCUCACUGUAAGCACCACUAGACUACACUACCCUACUUACCAUAUUAUUUGAAGGCCUAGGAGUUGAGCGGCGGAAAGUUUUGUAUCAUCCCAUGUGUUCCUAGGAUUUACUCAAAUAUUCACCAAAAAUAAACAUACUUUUCCAGCCUAUUA